GCUUCCUGGAGACUAGGACUGCUAUAGAGCCUAAAACUUGCAGAAGCCAAGAAGAAGCUCAUCUGAUCUAUUCAUCUUCAUCAGGUUGAAGACAUGGCCUCAGAUCAGAUGCUUGUGGCUGCCCUGGGUCGGCCAUUUGCUUUAGGGAUGCUGUACGACGCUCGCCAGGAUCAACUGAUCACAGAUUUCACCUUGUGGGACAGAGACACUAUUCAGAAAUUGACCAUAAGAACAACCCAGAAAAGCAGUGUUUAUGAAACUACAACUUCAGAAUCCAUUGAAACCAAGGCUUCUCUGCUGAAAGCAAAUCCGUCUCUCAUAGCCGGUGUUCUGAGUGGUCUGGUUGAAGUUGGAGGUUCUGCCAACUAUCUGAAUGACAAGAAGGAGUUCAAGAACCAGAGCAGAGUCAUUCUUCAGUACAAAGCAACAAGUGCAUUCCAACGACUGGACAUGACUCAUCAAGAUGCCAAGAAACUGCAAACUAAAGAUGUUUUUAAGAAUAGCCUCGCAACACAUGUAGUCACAGGCAUCCUUUAUGGGACGAACGCCUUCUUUGUGUUUGACAGUGAGAGGUUAGAGAAUCAUAGUCUGCGCAGCAUGGAGGCAAGCAUGCAAAGUUUAAUAAAGAAGAUCCCAAAACUGAAUCCUGAUGGAAACAUGGUCAAAAAACUGACAGAAGAAAAAAAUGUCAUGGAAAAGGUAUCUUGUAAAUUCUAUGGAGAUUUUAUCCUAGAUAAGAACCCUACAACAUUUGAAGAAGCAGUAGAUGCCUACAGGAGGCUCCCAGGGCUUCUUGGAACAAAUGGAGAGAAAUCAGUUCCUGUUAGAGUCUGGCUGACCCCUCUGAAGAACCUGGAUCCAGCUGCAGCUGAGCUUAAGGCAGACCUUUCCGAUGGCUUACUCAGAAAAAUUGAAAAUGUUAUGGAAGCUCUCAGAGAAACAGAAAUGAGAUGCAAUGACAUCAUGGAAAAGGAAGUGGUGAAGACUCUGCCACACAUUUACAAAAAGCUGAAAGGUUUCCAACAUAUCUGUGAAAAGUACAGGAAAACAGUUCAACAGACCCUACAGGAGAAAAUCCCCCUCAUUCGUGAAGGUGAAGAAGAAGAAGAUUCAUUGGAAAAGUUCCUUGAUGCGCAGGAAAACUCCCCAUUCAGCCAGAAUAACUUAAAUACAUGGCUUGAUAAUUUAGACAGAGAAAUCAAUGUCAUCGCUUCCUGUUUAGACAUUAUGAAGGGAAUCAAGAUAAUCCCAGAGGAGUCAGACUUGGACAGACAAGUUCUUGGCAUGGAAGAGGCCCUCUGCUUUGUUUUUACCUCCACUGAAACUAAUGACCCCUUCAUGGACCAAAUGGUCGAUUAUUUCAAAGAAACUCCAACCCGUGUGACUCCACCCACUAAAGACCAGUGGUUCUACUCAGAUGAGGUCUUAGAAAACAUCAAGCAGAAAGCGAACAUGAUGUCAGAAACUGCUAAAAGCCUUGGAACCAGCAACAGAUUUAGUUUCCUUGUAGCAGCUCUGCCAAACAAAGAGUUCAGAGGAGCCACGAUCUACCACUACAGGAGCGGUGUCCUGAAAACCAGAGAUUUUUCAAAACCUGCCAUUCAUCGAGAGAAAAACAUAACGGAUAAACAAGAUUUGAUGUGGUCAACCAUCAAGAAGCUGCUGAGGAGGUAA